AUGAAGAUCUCGCUUAGCCUUGGUUUGGUGCUGGUCGCUACCGGUAUCGUUGAGGGGCAUAUUGCUGCUUGGGCCGAUGGCAUGUAUUGCCGAGGCGGGAACAAUUCCGCAGUAGACGAUUCCAACACCAACCUGGUAGUCAACCCGCUCUAUCAACUCCCGAAAGCCAAGUGGUGGAUGCAAGCCGACCGCGGAUGCGACAAGGUGCCCCCUCCAGCGGGCCAGUUUCUCAGCCUCCCCGCCCGGGGUAAGUUCACCGUCGAUCUCGGAGCCAACCGCGGCUGCACGAGCCUUUCUUACGGCGGCAAGACCGCGACGCAGUGGCCGGACUGCAGCGAACAUCCGGAAGACUGGCACGCGCCUGGGCCAGGCAAGUGUCUCGUCGAUAACCCGGACGGGAAGGGAGGGGCGAUGCACACGCAAAACUAUACCACCACGGCCGGGACAGCAUUCGCCAUCAGCUAUCAGUCAGAUAUCAAAAAGGUGACAAUGGAGAACCUUGUCGUCUUUUCGGUUGUCGAGCAGUAG